AUGACGAUGGUACCCAUCGCCAUGAAGACGACCGCGGAGUCGACGGACAAGCUUACAGAGCUGCUUUGGCAGGAUGCUUUGCGUCACCUGGAGUCCACAAAUAAUGAGGUGCUUUUGCCGAUUAAUGUCACGGACAUGAUCGGUCAAAGCAAUGUCGACAAGAUCAGGACUCGUCUCGGGGCUCUUAUCGGUGCUCCUGUGGUGGCUUUUGUCGAUGAGACAAUCAAUGCUCUCCGUGUAAUGCGCACGCCUGCGUUUUCGGGCUCUGUUGUAUCCGUCGCAUCUCAUGACAGAAUUUCGAACUUGGAGAGGGAAAUCACCGAAACAUCUGGUAGAACACAUGGCAAAUCCGCACUACCAGCGAAGUUCAUCAAAGUCCCUCGGCCACCAAAUGCAUUCAUCCUUUAUCGUCAGCAUCACCAUCCCAGAAUCAAGGAAGCAUAUCCCGAUUUCACCAAUAACGAGAUAUCAAUUAUCCUUGGAAAACAAUGGAAGGCCGAGUCCGAAGAGGUCAAAAUGCAAUUCCGCAAUAUGGCGGAAGAACUUAAGAAAAAGCAUGCAGAAGACCAUCCCGAUUACCAUUAUACUCCCCGCAAGCCAUCCGAAAAGAAGCGCCGAGCUUCGUCCCGCCAGUACCCUAAGCCGACCAAACGACAGAAGUCACCGGCCUUGACAAAUGAUACCUCUGAUAGUUCCACGCCGUCGAUGUACUCCGGCAUGCAGUUGGAUAACAUGCCUAUGGAUGCAUCUUUAGAUAAUUUGGGUGAUAUCGACAUCGUGCUCAGCCCUGAUGAGCUUCCUGGAGAUUACGGGCUGCAAUUCGACUCGGGGGCCUUCGAUACUUUUCUCCAGCAAGUACAGAGCGACUGUGGCAAGACAGCCGCUACUUUGUUCCCACAGUUCAACUUCACAGAAAGACCUGUGGGAGAGUCUUUCGAAUUUUCGGAUUUGAUUGCUGACUGCUACUGA